UUAUCGACUAUUAACUUCCGCCUUGCAUGCAACUACGAUGAAAGUGGCGUACGAGUGUGGAGAGCAUUCAAUGUGGGUUCUGGUAAAGUAGUACCAUGGGCCAAGUUCGAAGGAGUCAUGAAGCAGCCUGAAAAAUUGGAACUCCUAGACUCGCCAUCGCAGAAUCCAAGUAGCGCACCAACGUUCAAGAUUGAGAGACACCAACAUAUUAAGAAAAGCUCUGUCAAAGCAGAUUUCUCAACUGAAAGUGAAAACCAAGAUCAAAGCUGUAUUGGGGAAUAUAAGCCAGAUGACAUGCUUUUCUCGUGUCCAGAAGAAGGAUGCCUAAAAGCAUACAGUCACUUUGCAAACCUCCAGACACACCUAGAUAUUGGAAAACACCAAAUGAUGCUCCAACAGGAAACUCUCUACCAUAAAGCUAGAAGAGAAUAUUCCUCCAAGCUGAUGGAGGGGUGCAGUCGAAUACCAAGCGUUCAAGUUGUUGCACAAUCAAAGAGUGACGGCUUGCCACCUCUUCCAAUGGGUUGGGCCCUGAAGACAAUUAAGAAAAAGGUGUGUUUUAAAAAGAAACAGACUGAAUUCUGA